GGCCGCCUUCUAUAAACAAAAAUUGCGGGGCUGAGGUUGCAGAUUGUGUAACAGGAAAACAUUGGCCGUUGCUUGCGUUGUCCUACUGAGAAACUGCAGUAUAAAAACGCAGGCCAAAUGUAAACUGCAUACAUUUCAAUUGCAGCAGUGCAGCUAUCGAGGUCUACCGACCAGCGCCAGGAAGACUACUUAAGCCUGAAGCCUCAAUCCAAGCUAAAUGGCCAACACUUUUAGGAUGCCGCUCAUUGUGGCCGUUGCAAUUGUGUCGAUUGCCGUGCCGACCGCAGUGACAGCGACGACGAAAGCUUCAUCAAUGCCAGCACGGACGACGGGUACGGACAACGGCGCCCAGACAGCCAUUUACAGCAGUUAUGCCCACAACAUGGCACAAGGCGCGGCGCAGUACGAUAAUCGGUGGCUGCCGUUGGGAGAGCAAGGAACAUCCAUGCUGCAUCGCUACGCCUUAAACUACGAUGCGGCAGCAGGGGAGCGGCGCAGCUACAGUAGCGAUUCCUCUGGUUUUAGCGGACAUGGCCAGGGCGGACUAGGAGCCGUGCUUAAUGGGCUCACAAAUCUCUCGGGCAUGGGACACAUUACAAACGGCUACGGCUCAGUGGCGCCCACGCACACCGAAGCCUUAGCAGUGGCUUCGUCAAAACAAGAGAUACCAAUUUAUGAGGAGCAGCAUGAGGACGCGGCCGUGGCGGCGGUGGCGGCAACAGCCCACGAUUACGGCGAUAUAGGGGCAGGUCAAAGCGGUUACGGCGGUGGGGAACACAUCCAGCAGCACUCAACUGCGGGCUUCAACUCAGCGAUUUACAAUUAUCCAGCGGCUAUUGGAGAGCACGCGGAUGGCUUUCUGCCGUCAUUUGGUGGAGGAGAGCAAGGCUCCUGGGCGCCUUCAUCUGCUCAGCAAUAUAAGAAAGCGGUAGGAUAUCAGCCGGAACAGGCGGGCAACCAUUACGCCUACGACAAAAUGUCAGUGGGAAAUUAUCUGAAUUCAGGAUACGAAGCAUUUCAGCAGCAUCACGCUGAGGAGCAGCAUCAUCAACAGCAGCAGCAGCAACAACAGCAGGAACAGCUGGAACACGUUUCCUAUUUCACACCUCAUGAAGGUGCGGCAUCUGCGACAGGAUCGGGCUCUUCAGCCAGCGGACCAAGUGAUUACGAACAGCACCAGGACGGCGAGGAGCAGAGCUCCAAUUUUCUGGCCGAGUCAAGUGGCCACGAUGAAAGUCACGCUCAUUCCCAUCAGUCACAUCACCAUGUGGAUAUUAUCAACUAUGUGCCUGUAAAGCAUGUUAAGAAGCAACACGUGCCCGUGGAGAAAACUGUCAAAAUACCCAUCUCCCAUGCUGUUAUCAUUCCGAUCAAGAAGCCAGUUCCAAUCCACAUACCCAUCACUAAGCAAGUACAAGUGGCGGUCGAGAAGGAGCUAAAAGUGCCGGUGGAGCGCAUCGUGCCGGUGCCAGUGGAAAAGCACAUCCCAGUACCUGUAGAGAAGCGGGUACCAUACACGGUCGUCAAGUAUUUGCCAAUCAAGGUGCCCAAGCCAUUCCCUGUCAAGGUGCCAGUAUUUAAGACAAUCCUGCACAAGGUCAAAGGCUGGUGGUAACUCUUCACUGCACUCCACUCUUCACAUAAGCAUAAUCGCGAACAUUCAUUCCAUUAGCAAUAAUUACAUUACUCAUACGUCCCGUACACCAGCAAAGCGUUUUGCAAACGCUGUCAUGCAAUUUUGCACAGUUCGUGUUGUGUUUAUCGUCGAGUUGUAAAAUGAAUUUUGUUAAGCCAAAAUCCUGUGUUGUAUACCAAUUUUGUGACUCAUUUAACAUUACAACCAUUUGCAUUUGUAUGAAUACAGAAAUAAGUAUAAAACAAACGAGAA